UAUCAUUUGAUUCUUUUUUGUGAUAAAAAUACAGAUGAGUUUGAAGAGAAGUUUCAUAUGAAGGUUUCUAGCCAUCUAAAAGUAAAAUCACCUUUUGAUGCAUAAAACUACCUUCCAAAGACUGGUUCCAAAUCCUUAUCAACACAAAUUUACGAAUACAAUGGAAAAUAGCAAGAUCUUGUCAAGUUGGACAAACACCAACAAACAGCAAAUGAGAUAUGACUUCUCAUGUGAACUCUACAGAAUGUCUACAUAUUCGACAUUCCCUGCUGGAGUUCCCAUCUCAGAAAGGAGUCUUGCUCGUGCUGGGUUUUAUUACACUGGUGUCAAUGACAAGGUCAAAUGCUUCUGCUGUGGCCUAAUGCUGGAUAAUUGGAAACAAGGAGACAAUGCUAUUGAAAAGCACAAACAGCUGUAUCCUAGCUGUAGCUUUAUUCAAAAUCUCAUUUCAGUGACCGGUGUGGGAUCCACCUCCAAGAAUUUGUCUCCAGUGAGAAACACUCUGGCACCUCCAUUAUCCCCCAUGCUGGAUCAUAGUGGCUCAUUUAGUGAUUCUUGCUUUACUCUAUCACCAAACCCGAUGGAUUCCAGAGCAGUGGAAGACCUCGCCCCUUUGAAGACUAACCCCUACAGUUAUGCAAUGAGUACUGAAGAAGCUAGAUUUCUUUCUUACAAGACAUGGCCAUUAACCUUUUUGUCACCAUUGGACUUGGCAAGAGCUGGCUUUUAUUAUAUAGGGCCUGGUGAUAGGGUAGCCUGCUUUGCCUGUGGUGGGAAACUGAGUAACUGGGAACCAAAGGAUGAUGCCAUGUCAGAACACCGGAGACAUUUUCCCAACUGUCCGUUUCUGGAAAAUUCUCUAGAAACGCCGAGGCUUAGUGUUUCAAAUCUGAGCAUGCAGACACGUGAGGCCAGACUGAGAACGUUUCUGCACUGGCCAUCUAGUGUUCCAGUUCAGCCAGGGCAACUUGCAAGUGCUGGCUUUUAUUAUGUAGGUCGCAACGAUGAUGUCAAAUGCUUUUGUUGUGAUGGUGGCUUGAGGUGUUGGGAAUCUGGAGAUGAUCCGUGGUUAGAGCACGCCAAGUGGUUCCCAAGAUGUGAGUUCUUGAUACGCAUGAAGGGGCAGGAGUUUGUUGAUGAGAUUCAAGCUAGAUAUCCUCAUCUUCUUGAACAGUUGUUGUCAACUUCAGACCCUCCUGCAGAUGAAAGUGCUGAACCACCAAUAAUUCAUUUUGGACCAGGAGAAAGUUCCUCAGAAGAUGCAGUCAUGAUGAAUACACCUGUGGUUACUGCUGCCUUGGAGAUGGGCUUCAGUAGAAGCCUGGUAAAACAGACCGUUCAGAGUAAAAUCCUAACAACUGGGGAGAAUUACACAUCAGUUAAUGAUAUAGUGUCAGCACUUCUCACGGCUGAAGAUGAGAAGAGAGAAGAGGAGAAGGAGCGCCAAACUGACGAGAUGGGCUCAGAUGACUUGUCAUUAAUUCGGAAGAACAGAAUGGCUCUCUUUCAACAACUGACGUGUGUACGUCCUAUCUUGGAUAAUCUCUUAACAGCCAAUGUAAUCAAUAAACAGGAGCAUGACAUUAUUAAACAAAAAACACAGAUACCUUUACAAGCAAGAGAACUGAUCGAUACCAUUUUAGUUAAAGGAAAUUCUGCAGCUAAUAUCUUCAAAAACUGUCUAAGAGGAAUUGAUUCUACGUUAUAUAGGAACUUAUUUGUGGAAAAGAAUAUGAAGUAUAUUCCAACAGAAGAUGUUUCAGGUCUGUCCUUGGAAGAACAAUUGAGAAGGCUGCAAGAAGAGAGAACAUGUAAAGUUUGUAUGGACAAAGAGGUUUCAAUUGUAUUUAUUCCUUGUGGUCAUCUGGUAGUGUGUCAGGAAUGUGCCCCUUCUCUCAGAAAAUGCCCUAUUUGCAGAGGGAUCAUCAAGGGUACUGUUCGUACAUUUCUUUCAUGA